GUUCAUUAAGUUCGGUGACAACUUCAUUUGGGCAGGUUUCCUGCUGCCCUGCCUUUACAGCUACACCUUUACCUGCUGAACAGAAGGGAACUAGUUAUAGAACUGAACUAACGAGAAACGUCUUUAUUUUAUCAUUUUUUGGGGUUCGAACUGACGGUUUUGUCAGGAACUAUAUUAACUUGCAUUGGAUUCUCAUCGUACUUCAACUCCUGACACCUGUUCAGUCGAAGCAACAGACUGGGGCUUCCACUCAAACCGCAACUUAGCCUACUAAAUAGUGUGCCAAAGAAGUAUCCUACGCGUCCGGUAGUGUGAGCCUACCUCAUAGCCUUCUGCAUCCAGGGAAUACAAUGGAGUCUGUCGGGAAUGGAACUGAAGACCUCCCGAAAGACCCGGAUGAACCCGUGGACUCAUCAGUGCAAUUUCUCCCCGAGUCUGAUGCUAAGGAAGUGAAGAAGAAAUUACCCUUCAGAACCAUCUUAGUAAUCAUUCUGAUCGUAUUGGCAGCAAUCACUGCACUGAUAGUAGGGCUUCUAGUCUGGAACUUUCAUUUGAGAACAGAUGGAAGAACAAAAAAGGUCUUCAGUGGUUCUCUAAUGGUGGCCAAUCGGAGAUUCAUAGACUCUUAUGAAAAUAGUAGCAGUGCUCAAUUUAAUGAGCUGGCUUCUCAACUCUCUAAACAAAUGAAAAAUAUGUACAGUAGUGUGCCAUUACUGUCCAGAUAUUACGUCAGCUCCAGCAUUCAAGCCUUCAGUGAGUCCAGUGAUGGUAGUGUUAUAGCCUACUACAUGUCUGAGUUCAGUGUGCCAGAGGCUCAGGUGUCUGCUGUGGAUGAAGCCAUUAGGUCUUCCAUACGUACUGCGGGUCCAGGACAAACACGUAGGCUGAGCCUGCACCUUAAGCCCACCGGUGAUCUGCUUAUCAGCAAUAUGAUGGCUGCAGCUGUAGAUCCUCGCUUGGUUGAUUCAACUCUGAAAGGUCACUAUACGGAAUUCCAUCACUCUCGUGCGGGCGAGACGGGCAUCAUCCGGUCUCGAGGCUUUCCUGAUUCUUCCUAUGAUGCCAACACCUACGGUCAGUGGCAGCUCCGUGCCGACCCCAACCACAGAAUUCAGCUGGAGUUUACAGUGAUAGACCUGGAGAAUGAUUGCCACAAUGACUUCAUUAGAGUGUAUGAUUCCCUUGUCCCCAGUGAGAAUCAGGUUAUGGCAGAGAAAUGUGGCCGCUACACCCACAAUGAACAGCUGGCUUUCCUCUCCUCUGGAAAUGUCAUGUUAGUUACUUUGGUCACAAAUGGAGAGAAGAAUUUCCCAGGCUUCAGUGCAAAGUACUCUCAGGUACCUGCAGAAAACCAAGGGUGUGGUGAGAAACUAACGGGGAUGAAAGGCAUCUUUACGUCUCCAGGCUUCCCCUCCAGUUAUCCUCUCCAAACCCAGUGUGUUUGGAACAUUAAAGUUCCUGAGGGAAAGUACAUCAUAAUAAAUUUCAAAAAGUUUUCACUGACUGAUCCAGGACAGAGUCCAGACAACUGUACUAAAGAUUACGUGGAGGUUAAUGGCAAAAGGAUAUGUGGAGAAAAAUCUGGAAAAGUAUCCCAAAUCAUCAAAACCAGUAAGACAGAUAUCACAUUCUUCUCUGACAUGCCCUAUGUAGACAAGGGCUUCUCUGCAGAGUUUGAAGCCUUCGAACCCUCUGAUCGAUGUCCUGAAAAAUUCCUCUGUGAAAAUGCUGCCUGCAUUCCUCAGAAACUGAAAUGUGAUGGCUACAAUGACUGUGGAGACAUGAGCGACGAGAAUGACUGCAUCUGUGAUGAGUCUCAGAUCAAAUGUAAGAACGGCUUCUGCAAGCCCAAAUACUGGCGCUGUGACAGAGUGAAUGACUGUGGUGACAAUACAGAUGAGGAGAACUGUGGAUACUGUAAAGCUGGGGAAAUAGCCUGUCGAAAUGGCCACUGUAUCUCUGAGCAGAAGAAGUGUGAUGGCCAUAAUGACUGUGAGGAUGGUACAGAUGAAUCCCAGUGUCCUAAAUCUAUAGUCCUCACCUGCUCCGAGUUUACCUUCAAGUGUAAGAACAACAUUUGCAUCAGCAAGCAGAAUCCAGACUGUGAUGGACACAAAGAUUGUGAGGAUGGUUCAGAUGAAGAAGGCUGUGACUGUGGUAUAAGGCCAUACCAGUCCUCUCAGAUUGUGGGUGGUAAGGAAGCCAGUGAAGGCGCCUGGCCCUGGCAGGUUAGUCUUCAUUUAAAGGGAAGGGCUCAUGUGUGUGGAGCCUCCCUAAUUAGCAACCUCUGGUUAGUCACUGCGGCACACUGUAUACAAGAGACUAACAGAUAUUCUGGGCCAGAACAGUGGGAUGUCUACCUGGGACUACUCAUUCAGAGUCAGGCCAACACGGCCAACACAGUGCACAAGCAAGUGAAGCGGAUCAUCUGUCAUCCUCAGUAUAACACCCUGACCUUUGAUAAUGACAUUGCUCUGAUGGAGCUGGACAGCCCUGUGACCCUCAACCAGUAUAUUUGGCCUAUCUGCCUACCUGCAGCCACAUACGUGUUAUCUGAAGGCCAGUCUGUGUGGAUCACAGGUUGGGGCAGAAUCAGAGAGGAGGGACAGUUAGCAUCAGUGCUACAAGAAGCAGAGGUGCGUAUCAUCAACAAAACAGUGUGCAACCAGCUGGUUGAAGAUGAGAUCACACCACAAAUGAUCUGUGCAGGAAUUCUGAGAGGAGGAGUGGAUGCCUGUCAGGGUGACUCGGGUGGGCCCAUGUCCUUUGUAGACCCAGCAACCAACCGCUUUUUUCUAGUCGGGGUCGUGAGCUGGGGUGAAGGCUGUGGUCGAAAGGGGAAGCCUGGCAUUUACACACAGGUUACCAAGUACCGCAGUUGGAUCCAAGAGAAGACUGGAGUAUAAAGUGCACAUCUGAGACGAUCUAGACCAAUCCCUCCUGCUCCUGAAGAAAUGCGCUCCUGUGUUCAUGAACAUAGUCUUUGUUGCCUCAUGAACUUGUUUCAUUCGCAUCAGUAUGAAAAUAAAAACUACCUGUUCUUGCAACUA